UCGGUUCCAAUUAUGCUGUCGAUUCUGUUUGUCACAACCUUACUAACCAAUCCUUGGACAUACAAGAUUCCUGAAUUUGCUAUUUUCGGUACCAUCUGGCUAUUGUUGACCAUCUUUGUUAGUACUAUCUUAUUGAGCUCUGUGCUAGGAUUUGCUUGGUUUAUUUUGUGUGCGUUUGCAUUUCAUCUGUUUCGUUUGCUCGAUCUACUAGAUUCAGCCGAAACUUUGUUAAACAGAAGUUAUAACAUGUUAUACACUGAAAAGGAUUUCCAAUUAUUCUGUUUACUGAUCAUCAGUCGUCUCAAUAGCUUUGAGUUGGCUUCUCGCAAGUUAAGAUAUGUCCUGUUGUGUUAUGUUUUUAUCUACUCGUUGUUAGGUAAUGGAGACAUUUUCCUUGGGCUUAUCGUUCGUGCUUACAAUGACAUUUUCGCAGAUUCACUCGCAACCAUCGGUACUUCUAUUCUUAUUGCUCCUGGAGUUUUUGGUGUUCUUUUUGGGUAUUUAAUCACAGAGCUCGACAAGUUAACAGUGAGACUGCACCGGCUAACAUUUAAAGGCAAUUUUUCAGUAAAUACAAUGAGCAAGGUUUUGGAGAUCAUGGACCGAGUUGCUGGACCAUACAAUGGCGUCAAAAUUGGAGACUUUACUACUGUCGAUAAAACCUUCUUCAUAAUUUUUAUCCUGGAAAAUAUAUCAAUUUUGAUGCUUUUCACGGUAAACAUUAGACCCUUGAGUGUAACGUAAAUCUUGCUGGUUGGUUAUAUUCAUUUACUAAAACUGUUCAAUUCAGUCUUUAAUCAAAGUUUCCGAGUGAAAAUCAUCAAAAAUCAAAACGGGUAAUGUAAUGUGUUAAUCGAAAACAAAAUAAAGUAUUGCAAUACCUUUGCUAUUCUACGCGCUUAAUUUGAUUAUUAUCAAUGAAAUAAUUUAGUAUUGGGCAACUUUACCCUUGGAAUAUUGUUUUGAUGAUUACAAAGAAAA